GUCUUUUUCAUUUCCAAUCAUGUGUUUAUUGUGGUUGCAAUUGUUUAAUUGUUGGUAAUUAAUUGUGAUGUUUAUUAAUAAUCUUUCUUGGAGUGUUAGAAAUACUAUUAAGAGACAAGGAUUCGCGUUGAUCUGGUCUAGAAAUGCUGUUGCUCUUGGUGAGAAAUGGCAUAAACUAAACAAAGCAGUACUUCCCAAAGAUUAUGCUCUUCAACAUUUCGAUUCGUUUUAUCCCAAAGUUUACGAGGAUAAAUGGUUAUCAAUAAGAAUCGCUUUGCAUUGGCCUAAUAAAUGUGUUGCUGUGGUCAAUCCAUUCGCUAAGGAUCCGGAUGAAAUUUCGGCCACUUUUGCGAUCAAAGGGGCUUCAAAUUUAAGUCAUUUCUAUUCUAAAUACAGGAGACAUUAUGAGCGUCAAAAAUUACGGAAAAAACUACUUGAAGAGAAAAGAGAGGCAAAACGUAUUCAAACAGCCAUGGAAAAAGGAGUUACUGUUGAUGAAAUCGAAAGUGACAUCGAAGUAUCGGACAUAAGUGAUGGAGAACUUGGAGGAGUCCUUUCAGCGGCUAGUGAUCCUGAAAAUAUUCUCGAGAUGUUUCAGACCGACGUUGAUUCUUUGCGGGACAAGGAAGGAUUCAUGGAAAAUUUAUCGAGUAACAUUGACCUGAAUGAUUUUGUUCCAUCCAGUGAGAUGAAGUAUGAAGAGGAAAUAGUUGAUAAGGAUACUUAUUAUCGUUUCUAUGAUCCAAGUCUCGAGUUUGAUGUAGAAAAUGUUGUAGAGCCUUCGCUGGAAAUUCCUGAAACUCCCAAGAUCUUCAGUUUUCCUCGAGAAUCAUUAGAAUCCUUUGAUCCUCCAAGUUUGUCAAACGGAAUGGUUGACUAUCUACUCAUAGAUUCUGCUGCCAUAUUACCCGUUUUAGCCUUAGGGUUGAAACCUAGAGAUCGAGUUGCUGAUUUGUGUGCUGCUCCUGGAGGAAAAACACUUCUAAUGUUAUCUACAUUUCGUCCAUCUUUCCUGUUCGCGUGUGACUCGGACAAAACUCGAUUCUCGAUUCUCCGUCAGAAAGUAUCUGAUUUCCUUCCUCGAACUCCAAGUCUCGCCUCUUCCUAUCAUUUAGAACAAUGUUCAGCCGAAGAUGUUGAUCUAAAUUCAGCUUUUGACAAAGUUUUGGUCGAUGUGCCGUCGACAAAUGACCGACUUGCAAUCCAGGAUAAUUACGAUAAUUAUUUCAAACCCACGCGAUCCAAUGAAAGGAUUACGUUGCCGAGCAAACAAAAAUCAAUUCUAAUGAAAGGAUUAGAACUAUUAAAACCUGGUGGAUCAUUAAUUUAUACUACAAAUACACUUUCACCCAUUCAAAACGAUGGAGUGGUUCAUAUGUCUCUUUAUGAACUUUCUCAAACAACUUCGAGUACUUUUAGCAUCAGUGAAUUGAAGGAAGCAUUUAGGCCACUUCGAGGUCUCUACCGAUUUCAUACAUUUCGUUAUGGAACUCAGGUCUUACCCAAUAUAAUCAACAAUGUUGGACCUGUUUACAUUUGCAAGAUCAACCGAAUCAAAUAACGAAAAUUUUGAUACACAACUUUGUAAAUUGCAGUUUAAUUGUAAUUAAGUCAAAAAAUCUAAUCAGUUGAAGUGAAACAAAAAUCAAUUUAAUAACAAUUUUGAUGUUUUCCAUUCAUUAAA